CUAUUUCUGGAACGCCCCGUAAUACGGAAAACCCAAAUGCUCAAUGCGACAAUUAUUUCCUUUUUCUCAGACACUUGUCAAAGUAUGGGGACCUAUUUGCAUUUCACCAUUUCCAUUCUACUGACUUUUAUCCAUCAAGCAGAUUUCAGCUCUGUGUUUGUGCUGAAGGGACAGGAUGUUCGUCUGGAUGUCCAGGAAAAUGUUCAACUGAAAGAGUUAGAGGUUUUCAAGUGGAGCUUCGGAUCAGCUAAUAUUGUAAGAUGCACUGACACAUUGUCAGUGAAAGUGUCUCCUGAGUACAAAAACAGGGUUGAGUUUUAUAAGGGAAACUUCUCUCUGGUACUGAAGAACAUACAGGAAGGAGACAGUGGACCGUAUACUGCAGUAGUGAGUGGUGACAAAGAAAAGACUAUUAUUGUACACCAGUUAGUUCUCCAAGAGAGAGUUGAGCCUCCAGUCCUGACAUUGGACUCUAACUCCACCAUCAAUGGCAACUGUAACGUGACUGUGACCUGCAGAGGUCAGAACACCUCUGUCACCUCCAGCUGUAACAGCAGCACCUGUUCUCAAGUGGGAGGAGGGAGUAGAGGGGCUGAGACCUCCACUGUUCCCCUGCUCUCUGUCUAUGUGGCAGGGGGUUCCAUCAUCUGUAACCACAGCAACCAAGUCAGCUGGGCCAACAACACCAAGAAGAUAGUCGAACUCUGUUCAUUGAAAUCUGAACAAGGGGAGAAGGCGAACUACAACUAUGCUCUCGCAGUCGGAGCACCUGUCUCCGUAGUUGGAUUCAUGGCCCUGAUUGGUUUUGUUUGUCAAAAGCAAAACAAAUGUUGCAAAGAGGAUAUUAUAAACGCAGAUUAUGCUGCAGUUGUGACUCCAGAUAACAGUCAGGUAGGUGGUGAACAGCAGAUGUCUCCAGGUCCAGACCCAACAUCACCCACCAUCUACAGUAUGGUGGGACAUCCCCAACCCCAGCCUGUGAACCACCAGCCCCUACCUGUAGACCUCCCCAUGACUACCAUGGCCCCCAUGACCUCCAUGCCUGAGAGUUUAUAUGCUAUGGUGGGGAAAAAGACUAGCAAACAAUAAUCAGGAAUUUGAACAUCAUCUUAGGCCGGGAUUCUAUUCAAUCCUUUUAAAGGCAAUGUUCCCAUGUUCGGGUUGACAACGAAAUAAAAUGGUCACACGUUUCGUAAACAACAGGUGUAGACUAACAGUGAAAUGCUGACUUACGGGCCCUUCCUGUCACGUCUGCUCCCUCUCAAGCCACUAGGUCAUCAGUCUGCUUUCUAUGGCGCACACCUGUCACCAUUGUUACACGCAUCAGCUCAUUAUGACACUCACCUGGGCUCCAUCACCUCCUUGAUUACCUGCCUUAUAAAUGUCACUCCCUUUGGUUCCUUCCCCAGGCGUCAUUGUUGCAGUUUCUGUUUCCUGUCUGUGAGUUGUUCAUGUUUCUUUCACUUCACCCCCUGAACUUACUUCCUGACUCUCAGCACACAUCGUUGCACUUCCCAACAAUGCAGAGAGAAACAACCGUGAAAUGCUUACAGGCC